UCGCUAAUCGGACGUGAAACGAAGCUGAUCGCUACCGAUGGUUCAUCCUCGUGCGUUCUUUCGUAACAUCCAACGGCGCCUACCAGCAGGACACUUGAAUGGUGCUCGUACAGUGAUGACUACCGGUAUGGGAUGCUCCUCGUCCGUUGUGCUGGAGGAAUCGGUUCCACAUCCUACCACACCGGUGGUGGACACUGAUGGGGAAGGACGAUAUGCACCGUCGCUCGUACCGAACCAGCCAGAAUCGAUAGUGGAUGCUUACAGACGGUUAGACGAAGAAAUCUGUGUGCUGGAAAGUACUACACCCGGUCCAAGGCUUAUGACGGCUGAGGCAUGGGUAGAGCUGCUGAAAAGUGGCAAUACUUCUCAAUCUCAACCACCACCAACGCCACCACUUCCGAAUGAGGUUUUACCCAAUGGAAGCAUUCCGAAUGGAGUGCCCGGAGGUGUACUAAAGCGGCCACCUGUGUCACCUGAUACGAACAGUGUGACGGAAAAUGCACGCAAAGAGAUGGUUAAGAUCAUCCUCAAGCUGGACAUCGUGUCCAACCAGUUUAAGGCGGCACAGCAGGAAGAGUUCAUAGCGCGACUUUCCCGCACAGCAAUGGAUCAAGAAGCGGAUCACUUUCGUGAGGAGAUGAUCAUACAUUCCCAAAAACGUGCUCUAACCCUAAGAGCAUCUUUCGAGCGGCUAAAGCGAUUAUAUCACGAACAGGAUCGUCUACUAGGGUCAGUAUACAACGGUGCGUACGGAACUAUGAACGAGCAGAAGCUUGAUGCCGAAUUGGAUUCGGCCCGGGACGUACGAGAUCGACUCGGAGGUGCCGUUGAACAGUGGCGAAUCGCUGGAGGAUUACUCCGGGCGGCCGCUAAAGGACUCCACCAGGCAGUCGAUCAUUGGGAGCUAAUAAGACCAACGAAAAACGCGGAAGAAACGAUAACACUAGCCCUAGACGCAAGGACCACCUGUCACGGUGCCCUGAUGGCACUGGAAGCCGCCCAGGCAGCACUUCCAUCGGUCGAGAUUCCGUACAUUACUAUCCGUCAGCAGUCUGCCGUACGGCAUGCAUUGAUCUACCUCCUCACGGACAUGGUCAAUCCGGCCCGGUAUCAGCAUACGCGCGAUGUGUUCGGUGUGUUUAGUGCGAACGUAACGAAAGCCGUUAACUGGCUGCACGAAUGUUACAACGAAACGCUGAAACAGGACUUUGAUAGCGCCGAUCAGGCAGCGACACUGUUGGCGAAACAUUUGCGUGAAGAACGAUUGCGCUACAUCGUGAGUAAGAUGCCGAAUAGGAGUUACGCACGCGCGGCAAUUGGAUAG